UGUGUACAGCGCGCAGGCCAGAGCCGAAAGUGUCGUGGAAGGUGCGCUUCCAACCAGAAUUUGGAAGUUUUUUUCCAUAUUGAUUAGUUAUGUCGCUUUUGUUGUUUACUCGCCACAUUUUUUUAGCCAGUUAAUUGUGCUUUCCCAAAACGCGGCCAACGAAUCGGCAUAACAAAUUCGCAAAACAAAAUCCCAAAAAAUAAACCAAGAAACGAAAUAAAUCUCAGCAGCUGGCAGCUGGGAGCUGGGCGCUGAUAGCUGGGAGCGUGACCGGGGAACAGAGAGAAGCAGAGAGAGCAGAGCGCCAUCGUUGUCAUCGACAUCCAAUCUAGGGAAUCCUCAUCACAUCGAACCGAACCGAACGAAUCCCCAACGACGCAACGGAAGAGUCGCGGCCCAGCGCACAAUCCCUCGAUGUCCGCGGGUGUGGGAGGCGGAGGGAGCAUAACCACAGACCACCAUAGCCGUUUGUACUUCCUCAGCUCGCCGACGGCCCCGCUCACCGCUCGUGAUCCCUUCUUCAUCAAGCCGGAGUACCUCAGCUAUGAGAGUCCCAUGCACCAUCUCUACCCCUCGAACCGGGGCCUCAUAGAGUACAACAAUUACAGCACAACCGCAGCGGCCGCCGCAGCCGCAGCCUCUGCCACCACCUCCGUUUCCGUGUCCGUCGCUGCCACAGCCGGCGGGAGCAGUGGGAGCGGUGCAGGCACUACCCCGGGAGCAGGAGCGGGAUCCGGUUCAGGUUCGGCGGCCAACAGCGUUGCCAACGUUGCGGCUGUCCUGAAUUUGGAGAACACCUUCCAGCAGCAGCAGCAGCAGGCGGGCAAUCCCCACCAGCAACAGCAGCAGCAACAGCAGCAGCAACAGCAGCAGCAGCAGCAUUCGCAGUCCGAACAGAACGUUGGCGGGCAGCAUCAGCAAGCGGCGCAUCCCCUGCACCAUCAUCUAUCCACGGGAGUUGUCGUUGUCGGCGGCCCAGGUGGUGGCGGUGGUGGUGCUGGUGGGAUCCUUGGAAUCGGUCUCGGCGUUGGCGGUGGCCACCAGUCGCAAUCGUCGCGCGCCCAAAAGGCGGCCCGUCGGCGCAGCAACGAAUCGAUUGAGGCCCGUGAGCGGCGACUGGAGCGGAACGCGGCUCGGAUGCGGGACAAGCGAUCCAAGGAGUCGGAGGCGGAGUACCGCCUCCGGUUGGCCAAGAAUGCCGAGGCGAAUCGCGUCCGUCGCCAGAACGAAAACGAAGUACAAAGAACCCUAAGACUGAUGAAGAACGCCGCCAGGCAGCGUCUGCGACGGGCCAGCGAGACGUCGGACGAGCGGAAAAAGCGGCUGGCCAAGGCGGCGGAGCGGAUGCGGGUGGCGAGGGCCAGUGCGCCCAAGGUCAUAAAGCCGCCGCUAGCGGAUCGGCUAAAGGGCUACUAACACCACACAACACACACACACAUAAACAGAAACAGAAACACACACACACAUACAUACGUAGGCAGACAGCAGACAGACAGGUCUGGAGAGGAUCAGCUGGGGAAGGCAGUGCAGCAAGAGCAGUGUAAAAAGCAAGCUGUGUAAAAGCGGUGAAAGCAGUGCAAGCAGUGCACGGCAAAACCUUUGGAGCUGGCUCCAGACAAAAACAAAAACACAGAGAGAAAGAUAAGCAGUGGAAAGAAGACGAGAUGAAGAGAUGCAGAAGAGAGCGAUUGAGUGGAGACAGUGCUGUAGAGAGAGAGGAUCAACGGCGUCGUUUUAGACAUCUAUAAAUUAUAUAUAUAUAUAUAUAUAUAUAUUGUAUACAUAUGUAUGUAGAGCGAGAGCAAAAACAAGGAUUAGCAGAGGCAGAGACCAGAAAGCAGUUGAGAAAAGUGAGAAAACACGAGUCAAGUCGAAGGAGAAGAGAAGGAGAAGGAGCAACGGAAUACGAUGGUGGCACAUUUACACACAUAGAUAUUAGGGGCCGGCAAUUUUUUUUUUAAGUUAACAUUUAACAUGAUGAUGAAGUAAAGUAAACAAA